UUACAUUCCUUCGUUACUCGUAGUCAAUUUGUACCAUAUUUAUGAUAUUCAAAUAUUUUUAUUAUGUAUUUUUUAACAAUAUUAGUAUUUUUUUGUAAAUUUUAAAGUUAACUCUCAAUUCUUAUUUUUAGAAAUACCUAUACUAUCAGCUAUCCAAUCUUAAUAUGUUUUCAAGAAAAAAGAAAAAACCUCAAAUUUCUUCUCCAACUAACUUUGAACAUAGAGUUCAUACUGGAUUUGAUAAACAAGAAGGCAAAUUUGUAGGUUUACCUUUACAGUGGGCUAGCAUAGUAGGUAAUAACCAGAUCUUAAAAAGCACUAAUAGACCAUUACCACUUGUGGAUCCAUCUGAAAUAACUCCAACAGAAAUACUUGAUUUAAAAACUAUUGUAAGAGGAGAAAAUAACCCUAAAUUCCAUACUUCAGUGAAUAAUCGAAAUAAUAAUGAAUCAGCGGGUCUUCCAAAGACAUCCAAUGUUGCCCGUUCAAAUUCUUUGCGCUCAUCAAGUCCACCACGUAUUCGACGUCAACAUCCAAAUGUUCCACCGCCAUUACCUGAAAAUGAAGUUCUUGUAAUGAAUCAAAGUUUAGUGUCUCAACACUUACCUCAAUAUCCUCCACCUAAUCAUAUGCAAACAAAUUAUAAUAACAAAUAUAUAAAACCUGGAGGUUCAGAUUGGUCUGGACAAGAGACCCCUAUUUCAAGGAUGAGCCAGUCUAAUACACCUGUUAGUCAGAUGAUAACUCCAGAUCAGAUGAGUACACAUUCAUUAUCUUUACAAAAUGGAAAUAUUUCCUCAAUGUUUACUAAUGGUUCUGUGGUCGAUUCUGCUAUUGGAAAUCAAACUUCACAAGCUAAUACCCCAGUACUUCCAAACCGUGCUCACCCAAUUAUUAAUAAUGCUCAAAUAGUUAGCACAAACAAAGGUAUUGCUCAAAAUUUAUUAAAAAAUCAGGACCAAAACCAAAAUUUAAAACCUACUACUAAUGGGUUAUCGUCAACUAGUAACACAUCAAUUCCUAGUAUUGCUACUAAACAACACCAUGAACAGCAACGUAUCACACAUGAACAAUUCAGAGCAGCUCUACAACUCGUAGUUAGUCCUGGAGAUCCUCGGGAAAAUUUGGAUAGUUUCAAAAAAAUUGGUGAAGGUUCCACUGGUACAGUUUGUAUAGCCACUGAUAGAAUUACUGGUCGCAAGGUAGCUGUAAAAAAAAUGGAUUUAAGAAAGCAACAACGGAGAGAACUUUUAUUCAAUGAAGUUGUAAUAAUGAGAGACUAUCAUCAUGCUAAUAUUGUUGAUAUGUAUGAUAGUUUUUUGGUGGGUGAUGAGUUGUGGGUCGUUAUGGAAUAUUUGGAAGGUGGUGCACUUACUGAUAUGGUUACUCAUACAAGAAUGGAUGAAGAACAGAUUGCCACUGUCUGUAAACAAUGUCUCAAAGCUCUAGCAUACUUACAUUCACAAGGAGUAAUACAUAGAGACAUUAAGAGUGAUUCUAUACUUCUAACAACUGAUGGACGAGUGAAAAUUUCUGAUUUUGGUUUUUGUGCACAAGUUUCUCAAGAACUACCCAAGAGAAAAUCUUUAGUUGGGACUCCAUAUUGGAUGUCUCCAGAAGUAAUUUCACGUUUACCUUAUGGACCUGAAGUAGAUAUAUGGUCAUUAGGUAUAAUGGUAAUUGAAAUGGUUGAUGGAGAACCACCUUUUUUCAAUGAGCCACCUUUACAAGCAAUGCGAAGAAUUCGUGAUAUGCCGCCACCAAAGUUGAAAAAUUCUAAUAAAAUUUCACCAAGACUUCAAGGCUUUUUAGAAAGAUUAUUAGUUCGAGAUCCAGCUCAAAGAGCAACUGCUGCUGAACUUCUGCAACAUCCAUUUUUAAGGUUAGCUGGACCACCAUCUCUUUUAGUGCCAUUAAUUCGAGGGUCACGGCAUAGUAAUUGUUAAAAGAUAAACAUUAUCUUGUUCAUUUGUGCAAUUUCUGUUAUUUAAUUUUUUUGUAAAAUGUAAAUUAAUAAUUAUUAUUGACAAUGUAAAAUUAAUUCCAAAAAGUUGCAUAUUUUUAAUAUGUAAAAGUUAUCAUCAUUGUUUUAUAAUUUUAUAACCAAAAAAUUAUUUUUAACAUCGAAAUUUAAUGGUCACAACUUUUUACUAGCUCAAUGUACAAUCAUCUAAGUAUUAAGUAGAAUGUAGUGCCUUAUAUUUUAAAAAUAAUGUUAAGUUAAUCAUAAAAAGAAAAAUGCUCUCUUUUGUUAUUUAUUAUUAUUUAAUA